AUGGCCCUGUGCAUCCCGGCCCGGCCGCGAGCGCUUCUGUCGCCGGCGCCACAAAAAGAAGGCCGCAGCACACAGGGCAAUAGCCACGAGAGAAACCGUCCGCAAUUCUUCGCGACCGACGUCGCAAUAAUCUCCCUAAACCUGUCGGAGCUCGCCGUGCAGAAGCAGCUAUACGACGUCGUCUUCCCGCCGUCACCGCACCCCGCCACCAUGUCCCGGACGAUCGAGCUGAUGGGCGGCUCGGCACAUGACGGCAGUGAAUCGUACCCGUCGGCCUGGUUGAGGUAA